AUGUUUAUGUGUGCCGUUGCAAGACCAAUCUUUUCUAGUGAAGGUGAGAUGAUUUUUGAUGGAAAGAUAGGCAUUUUUCCUUUCACACAUGAAGUGGCAGCACAAAGGAGUUCAAAAAACAGGAAAAGAGGAGAGCCAGAGACCAAACCAAUACAAUCAAUCACUAAAGAUCACACAAGAGACAUGAUUGUGCACAAGAUACUACCAGCAAUUAGAAUUAAAUGGCCACCACAUUUAAGCAAAACAAUUUUCAUUCAACAGGAAAAUGCUAAACCACACAUUUUAGAUGAUGAUGAGGUGUUUAGAGAGGUGGCAACACUUGAUGGAUUUAACUUCCACUUAGUGCAACAAUCUCCUAACUCACCGGAUAUGAAUGUGCUUGACUUAGGGUUCUUUAGGUCAAUACAAUCUUUACAGCAUCAAAAAUCAGCAUACAACUAUGCACAAUUAGUUAACGCAGUGACUACAGCAUUUGACAAUCUGACACCAAAUGCACUAAAGAAUGUAUGGAUCACACUACAGGCAUGUAAAAUUGAGGUUAUUAAGAAACUAAGUGGUAUGGAUUAUGACAUUCCACACAUGAGCAAAGCAAAACUUGAAAAGGGAAGGGAGACUCCCACAUUGUUUGGGGGUACAGCAGGAAACAAUUUACGAGGCACUAAGAUAUCUGGACACAAAGGUGGAUGA